GAGUUCGGCCCCAAGUAUGACUCAACACUGCAGAUUCUUGUGUGGGAGUUCCUGUCCAGACUGGAGAAACUGCUUCCUGCUCCAAACCUUAAACAGGUAUUAUUGUACUGUACAUCAUCUGAUGUAUGCAGUAGGGAUGGGCAUUUGAAAUAAUUUCUGUGUACGAGUAUUCAAGUACUUACAUGUUAGCGUGAAAGGGGGAUGAAUGCAAAAAGUUUACAGUAUAUUAUCGGUUGCUACAAUUUCUGGAAACCAAAUGUAACAUUUUCACUGCACUUGACAUACCCCACAAACAAUUAACACAUCUUAGAGUUUGAAAUGUUGCCAGUGGCUUUAAUAUAACCUGCUAAUUAGUAGAAUUUGUACAUUGAGUACUUUUGUUUGAUUAUCGAGUACCUGCGCCCAUACCUAGUAUACAUGCGGAUCUCAAGUAAUGAUUUGGCCCAAAGUGCCUCUGAUUCCAGACAAAACCUUCAAACACCAUUUUUACUUUCUCCAUCUCUUAGACUGCAUCGUGGCUCAGCCUUGCCCCUGCUCUCUUAGAGGAGUGUGUGCAGUCUGUGGCUCACCCUGAGCCAUUACAGACACUCCUGCGUCACCAUAAAAAUCGAAAACAGUUAGACACCAAUGGUAGGUGGGGUACAGGAUUUGGAAAUAAUUUACUUGUCUGUUUGCCUGAAUUUGUUUUCGCUUUAUACAAAAACAGAAAAAUAACAUACAGUGGGGGAAAAAAGUAUUUAGUCAGCCACCAAUUGUGCAAGUUCUCCCACUUAAAAAGAUGAGAGAGGCCUGUAAUUUUCACCAUAGGUACAUGUCAACUAUGACAGACAAAAUGAGGAAAAAAAAUCCAGAAAAUCACAUUGUAGGAUUUUUUAUGAAUUUAUUUGCAAAUUAUGGUGGAAAAUAAGUAUUUGGUCAAUAACAAAAGUUUCUCAAUACUUUGUUAUAUACCCCUUGUUGGCAAUGACACAGGUCAAACGUUUUCUGUAAGUCUUCACAAGGUUUUCACAGACUGUUGUAUUUUGGCCCAUUCCUCCAUGCAGAUCUCCUCUAGAGCAGUGAUGUUUUGGGGCUGUCGCUGGGCAACACGGACUUUCAACUCCCUCCAAAGAUUUUCUAUGGGGUUGAGAUCUGGAGACUGGCUAGGCCACUCCAGGACCUUGAAAUGCUUCUUACGAAGCCACUCCUUCGUUGCCCGGGAGGUGUGUUUGGGAUCAUUGUCAUGCUAAAAGUCCCAGCCACGUUUCAUCUUCAAUGCCCUUGCUGAUGGAAGGAGGUUUUCACUCAAAAUCUCACGAUACAUGGCCCCAUUCAUUCUUUCCAUUACACGGAUCAGUCGUCCUGGUCCCUUUGCAGAAAAACAGCCCCAAAGCAUGAAGUUUCCACCCCCAUGCUUCACAGUAGGUAUGGUGUUCUUUGGAUGCAACUCAGCAUUCUUUGUCCUCCAAACACGAUGAGUUUAGUUUUUACCAAAAAGUUCUAUUUUGGUUUCAUCUGACCAUAUGACAUUCUCCCAAACUUCAGACGGGCCUGGACAUGUACUGGCUUAAGCAGGGGGACACGUCUGGCAAUGCAGGAUUUGAGUCCCUGGCGGAGUAGUGUGUUACUGAUGGUAGGCUUUGUUACUUUGGUCCCAGCUCUCUGCAGGUCAUUCACUAGGUCCCCCCGUGUGGUUCUGGGAUUUUUGCUCACCGUUCUUGUGCUCAUUUUGACCCCACGGGGUGAGAUCUUGCGUGGAGCCCCAGAUCGAGGGAGAUUAUCAGUGGUCUUGUAUGUCUUCCAUUUCCUAAUAAUUGCUCCCACAGUUGAUUUCUUCAAACCAAGCUGCUUACCUAUUGCAGAUUCAGUCUUCCCAGCCUGGUGCAGGUCUACAACUUUGUUUCUGGUGUCCUUUGACAGCUCUUUGGUCUUGACCAUAGUGGAGUUUGGAGUGUGACUGUUUGAGGUUGUGGACAGGUGUCUUUUAUACUGAUAACAAGUUCAAACAGGUGCCAUUAAUACAGGUAACGAGUGGAGGACAGAGGAGCCUCUUAAAGAAGAAGUUACAGGUCUGUGAGAGCCAGAAAUCUUGCUUGUUUGUAGGUGACCAAAUACUUAUUUUCCACCAUAAUUUGCAAAUAAAUUCAUUAAAAAUCCUAGAAUGUGAUUUUCUGGAUUUUUUUUCUCAAUUUGUCUGUCAUAGUUGACGUGUACCUAUGAUGAAAAUGACAGGCCUCUCUCAUCUUUUUAAGUGGGAGAACUUGCACAAUUGGUGGCUGACUAAAUACUUUUUUUCCCCACUGUAUUUCCUAAUAUUUCAAUAAUUACAGUGCAUUUGGAAAGUAUUCAUACCCCUUGACUUUUUCCACAUUUUGUUACGUUACAGCCUUAUUCUAAAAUUGAUUAAAUUGUUUUUUCCCCUCAUCAUUCUACACACAAUACCCCAUAAUGACAAAGCAAAAACAGGUUAUUCAAUUUAUUUGCUAAUUUAUUACAAAUAAAAAAAAUGGAAAUAUCGCAUUUACAUAAGUAUUCUGACUCUUUACUCAGUACUUUGUUGAAGCACCUUUGGCAGCGAUUACAGCCUCAAGUCUUCUUGGGUAUGACGUUACAAGCUUGGCACACCUGUAUUUGGGGAGUUUCUCCCAUUCUUCUCUGCAGAUCCUCUCAAGCUGUCAGGUUGGGUGGGGAGCGUCGCUGCACAGCUAUUUUCAGGUCUCUAGAAAUGUUCGAUCGGGUUCAAGUCCGGCCUCUGGCUGGGCCACUUAAGAACAUUCAGAGACUUGUCCCGAAGCCACUCCUGCCUUGUCUUGGCUGUGUGCUUAGGGUUGUUGUCCUGUUGGAAGGUGAACCUUCGCCCCAGUCUGAGGUCCUGAGCGCUGUGGAGCAGGUUUUCAUCAAGGAUCUCUCUGUACUUUGCUCCGCUCAUCUUUCCCUCGAUCCUGACUAGUCUCUGAUGCUGCCACCACCACGCUUCACCGUAGGGAUGGUGCCAGGUUUCCUCCAGACGUGACGCUUGGCAUUCAGGCCAAAGAGUUCAAUCUUGGUUUUAUCAGACCAGAGAAUCUUGUUUCUCAUGGUCUGAGAAUAUUUAGGUGCCUUUUGGCAAACUCCAAGCGGGCUGUCAUGUGCCUUUUACUGAGGAGUUGCUUCCGUCUGGCCACGCUACCAUAAAGGCCUGAUUGGUGGAGUGCUGCAGAGAUGGUUGUCCUUCUGGAAGGUUCUCCCAUCUCCACAGAGGAACUCUGGAGCUCUAUCAGAGUGACCAUCUGGUUCUUGGUCACCUCCCUGACCAAGGCCCUUCUCCCCCGAUUGCUCAGUUUGUCUGGGCGGCGAGCUCUAGGAAGAGUCUUGGUGGUUCCAAACCUUUUCCAUUUAAGAAUGAUGGAGGCCACUGUGUUCUUGGGGGACUUCAAUGCUGCAGACAUUUUUUGGUACUCUUCCCUAGAUCUGUGCCUCGACACAAUCCUGUCUCGGAGCUCUACGGACAAUUCCUUUGACCUCAUAGCUUGGUUUUUGCUCUGACAUGCACUAACAACUGUGGGACCUUAUAUAGACAGGUGUGUGCCUUUCCAAAUCAUGUCCAAUCAAUUGAAUUUACCACAGGUGGACUCCAAUCAAGUUGUAGAAACAUCUCAAGGAUUAUCAAUGGAAACAGGAUGCACUUGAGCUAAAUGUUCGAGUCUCAUAGCAAAGGGUCUGAAUACUAAUGUAAAUAAGGUAUUUCUGUUUUUUAUUUUUAAUAAAUUUGCUAACAUUUCUAAAAACCUGUUUUUGCUUUGGCAUUAUGGGGUAUUGUGUGUAGAUUGAUGAGAUUAUUAUUUUUUAAAUCAAUUUUAGAAUAAGGCUGUAACGUAACAAAAUGUGGAAAAAGUCAAGGGGUCUGAAUACUUUCCCGAAUGCACUGUAUGGGUAGAAAUUAGGAAAUGAAGAGAAAAGUUAUCAUUGAUUUCAAUAGUUAUUCCUGAUGUUUACUAGUGAUGCUCUCUCUCCUUGUUUCUAGCUCUAAGGUCCACUGGUGGUGACUACAUCCUCUCUUCUCUGUCUGUCCCUUCUUCUGUGAAGGAAGAAAGUGCCUCUUACCAAGCUGGCCCAGAGAGACAGUCCUAUCCCACCAUGCAGGGAUAUCAAAGCCCUUUCCUAUGUGAUGAACCAGAGAUGAGUUGGGACUGCAGAAUGGCAGAUUGUAGGGUCUGGACCGUAAAGCCACCAGCUGGUUCUGCUUCUGUGGAGGUAGAGGUCGAGACUAUAGAGGACCCCACUGAGAUAACAGUUAAACGCAAGACAAUUGACAAAGAGUCGAUAAAAGAGACUAGGAGAGAAGAAGCUGUUUUCUGCCCUCAGACCCGCAGCGGGCUGAAAACCAGCCGCUUGACAGCUGCCUGUCUGCGCCGUCAGCCUGUACUGCGGUUGAACAGGCUUGACAUUAGCAAUAUGCCAUUACCCAAGUCCUUGCUAACACUGAUUUUAAGGCGAGGGAGACUGCAGGCUGAGGCGACAAGACGCCCAGGACCGAAAAGAAGAGGCAGAAAGAAAAAACGGAGAAGAGGACGUGGUGUUGCAAAUGAGAAGAUUGAAACAGACACACUUGAUGUAAGCGAUAUGCCGCUACCCAAGUCAUCACUAACACUGACCCUAAAGAGAGGGAUCGUGCAGGCUGAGGCGACGAGUUCCCAAGUACCGAAAAAAAGAGGCAGAAAGAAAGGACAGAAAAUAGGACCUGGUAUCACAAGAUUAAUGAUUGAAAAGGUUGGAGCACAUACGCUUGACAUUAGCGAUAUGUCAUUACCCAAGACCUCGCUAAAACUGAUUAUAAGGAGAGGGAAACUGCAGGCUGAGGCAACGGGUUCCCAAGGACAGAAAAGAAGAGGCAGAAAGAAAAAAUGGAGAAGAGGACGUGGUGUCAAAAAUGAGAAGACUGAAGCAAAGGGUGUGAAAAGAGAGCGCUCACCUGAAACUGAGUGAGUGUCAGCUGUGGAACAGAUGUAUUCAAAUCCAGGCCUCAAGGUCUGCAGUGCUGCUGGUUUUCUUUUCUCCCAGGUAGUAAAUUGAUUUAUUCAUAUAAUUGAUUGACCAGAGAAUACAGUCACCUAGUGUACAGAAUCGGUCCCUGAUUUGAGGGGUAUUUUAUUUUAUUUUUUUAAUUUAUUUUGGUCAUUUAGCAGACGCUCUUAUCCAGAGCGACUUACAGGAGCAAUUAGGGUUAAGUGCCUUGCUCAAGGGCACAUCGACAGAUAUUUCACCUAGUCGGCUCGGGGAUUAGAACCAGCGACCUUUCGGUUACUGGCACAACGCUCUUACCCACUAAGCUACCUGCCGCCCUAAAAAUGGUAUGGGUAUUAGGGGAAGGAUGAAAACCAGCAGUGGUGCAGACCUCAAAGCCCAGAUGUGAAUGCCCAGAUGUUUGUGCACAACAUUUUAGUGAAUGUUAGAACAUUCCAAGGAUAUUUCAUUUACAACAUUUUCUGAACAAAAAACUUAUGUUAUUAUCCUAAUGUUAUAUAAAAACCCUAGCUUGUGUUCUGGGAAUGUUCCCAGUUUGCUGGGUAGGACCUUGGCAGUGAACUCGCCUAUUGAAAAUCAUAACUGACUUUCAUUUUGGUCUCUUCUCAGGGAAGAUGCUGAACCAUCAGAUAAUGAACUUUGGACCACUGUCAAUAAAGGGGCCACUGUCGAUGAGACUGGUAAGAAAGGUUCCUUAGUGAGUGUAGAGCAGUGAACGUCAAGCUCCUUAGAUAUGCAAAACUCCUGAAUAAAGAAGAAGAAACUAGCAAUGACAGGCUUAAAGAUGCAGAGAAAGUGGGUACUAGACCUAAAUGUCUAUGAUAUUCUGCUGUGAGAAUAGCUAAGUGCUUUUCAUUCCAUUGCGAGUUCAGUAAAACCUUUCCCUGCAUCUAUAAGGCUGCAGUACCUUGUUCUUUAUUUGAGGAAAGUUAUGUAUCCCUUCACUGUAUGGAUCUUUGUUCAAAUGUGGUCUAUUCUAUUUUAAUUUAAUCAAGCACCGGAUCUGUCUAAGUUGUUCUCUUUGACUUUGAUUGAGUUAAUGUCAAUAUGGGGAUGUCUUGCUCACUUCUCUCUUUUCAACACUAGGUGGAGUCCAUGCUUCUCCUCAUUGCCCAUCAUCUCAUAAGAGGGAGGAGGAAUUGCAACAGCCCAUACAGAACUUUCAGCAUGGUGGUCAUAUGGCCGAAGGGCAGAACAGAGCAGAACGCUCAGAGAGUGUACCUCAGGACUCUCAAACUCCUGAGCCAUCCAAUACCUCUCACAAAAGAAGCUUUCAUUCAGAGGAGCACAGAGGUCAUAUGGCAGAAGGGCAGAACAGAGAAGAACGCUCAGAGAGUGUACCUCAGGACUCUCUAACUCCUGAGCCAUCCAACAGCUCUCACAAAAGAAGCCAACGUGUCAAAGCAUGCUCCUUCUGUGGCAAGACUUUCACUGACACACUGGCCUUGACAAGACACAUGCGAUCUCACAUUGAGCAGAUGUCACAUCAAUGCACCCAGUGUGGGCAAGACUAUGAAUUCAGUGAGGACUUAGAGGAACACCAGAAGAGUGGCUGUGAGGAGAUGAAGAAAAAGGAUAAUAGUGAGGAAAAUGGUGAUGACUAUUGUGGGGGAACUGUCCAGCAAAAACCAGAUUUGAAAAAGAACCCUGAUCUAAAAAGAGACAAAAAAACAGAUCUGAAAGAAGACAAAAAACCUGAUCUGAAAGUAGACAAAAAAACUGACCUGAAAGGAGACACACAAGACUGCUCCAUAAAGUGCCAUGUGUGCGGGAAAAUAACAACUCGUAUGCUGGGUUUGCGAAGGCACCUUCUAAUUCACUUCAACAAUGGAGCAUACAAGUGCUCUGUGUGUCCAAAGACUUUUAUAUCAAAUGCUGAUUUGAGAUCGCACCUGAGAUCGAAACGAUCUUGUAGGGAGAAAUGUUCUGAUGAAGUAAUUACUACCGGGCUCAACCUCCAAUCUGUCCCUGGUGAGUACAAGUGUCCUUACUGUGGGGACACUUUCCAGCUCCCAGAUGAUCUGAGAGGACACACAAAAGACUGUUCCAGAAAGUGCCAUGUGUGUGGAAAAACUACUGCUCGAAUGCUUGAUAUGCGAAGGCACAUGUUAAAACACUACAACAAUGGCCCCUACAAGUGCCCGGUGUGUCCAAGGACUUUUAUAUCCCAUACUGAUUUGAAGAUGCACCUAAAAACAAAAAAACUUUGUAGGGAGAAAUGUUCUGAUGUAAUGAUGAAUGAAUUAUUGUCUUCAGCAGAUGGUAAAUGUAGGGAAAAUGUCAAUGAAACAAGGUGCCAACAACCAAGCUCCAACAACACAGGCAGGCCUUUGAAGAGCAUUGAAGAGUUCUUUGAAGAGUUCUCUCAUGACUUGCAGCAAUCUGAUAACAGCAUAAGUAGUGAAGUGAACCUGAAUAGCCUGAAUAGCCUCGAUGAAGACUACAGUGACGAGAUCAGUCAAUACCAACCCAUGAAGGAUGUUGACCUGAAUAGCCUCCAUGAAGACUCCAUAAUGACCACUGAAGACUACAGUGAUGAGAUCAGUCAAUACCAACCUAUUAAGGAUGUUGACUUGAAUACCCUCCAUGAAGACUACAGUCAGGCGGAGAUAAGUCAAUACCAACCCAUUAAGGACAUUGACCCAGAGGAGGACAGAAGGUCUGUGGAUGAUUCAGGGGGAAAUGAGAUGCCCAAUGUCAAAGAACCAAACUCAACUGAAGCCUUAACAGGGGAGCAGGUGUCCCAUACUGAGGCAAGCCCUCUCCAGGAUUCUCAAUCAGAGACAAGCGGAGAAGUGAAGAAUGAGAUACAGGUGAUACCGGUAUCGACAAUAGAUACGACAAUACUAAAGGCACUGCAAUUUGAGGUUUUAAGAAAAUGAUGGACUGCAACUUCCUUCCACUUUCCCUAUAUUUCAUUGUAUUGUAUGGCCAUAGCUCUCCUAAACCUGGGCCAGUAUUUACAAAGUGUCUCAGAGUAGGAGGGAUCUAGGAUAUGUUUUUCCUUUCAGAUCAUAAUAAGUAAGAGGAGCUGAUCCUAUAUCAGCAUUCCUACUCUGAGAAGCGUAAGGAAUAUGGGCCCAGAUUGGAAGGCAAAUGGAGCACCAACAUGUUGCUGUAACAAGAGUGAGUUCCAUCCCACCCUCUCUCUGUACACAACACUUGCCACUGAAGUCAACCGUGCUGACAGACGGAGCUUGUUACUCAAUGGGAAACAGUUGGCGUAAGAUCUCUGUGAGGGUGACACCCCAUGAUGGCUACCAAUUCCAGCCUGCUAGUUUCACCACUGCCCCCAUUCCCUAGUAGUCUGCUACAGCCGACUGUAACCGGAGUCACGGCACCAUUGUAACAGAGUGAGUUCUGUCCCCACCUGGGACACAGACUCUGAGUUGCCGUUGGACGGGGCUGAAAUGACAUUCCUUUUUUGUUUGUUUUUGUUUUUACUUAAUGUAAAAAUGUGAGAAUUAUAUCUUCUUUCCCCUUUCUCUCCUUCUCUAUCAUUAAUUAUUAUCCACUUUUAUAACACUUUUAUAACACGUUAAUAUUAUGUGAUGUCACUGUAUACUGUAAGUUACUUUGGAUAAAAGUGUCUACGCCAUCUAGUAUUAUCUAUCUAGUAUUAUCUACAUGUUUAUCCACCUUGUUUUGAAGUUUACAUAGGUGUGAUACAUUUCAAUUCAUUAAAGAAACCAUAUGAAAAGGCAUGGCUUUGAGUCAGACUGUGCAUUUUUAUGACUAUAAUAUAUAUUGUAUACAGAGAGGGAAACUGCAGGCUGAGGCAACGGGUUCACAAGGACAGAAAAGAGGACGUGGUGUCAGAAAUGAGAAGACUGAAGCAAAGGGUGUGAAUAGAGAGCGCUCACCUGAAACUGAGUGAGUGUCAGCUGUGGAACAGAUGUAUUCAAAUCCAGGCCUCAAGGUCUGCAGUGCUGCUGGUUUUCUUUUCUCCCAGGUAGUAAAUUGAUUUAUUAAUAUAAUUGAUUGACCAAAGAAUACACUCACCUAGUGUACAGAGGACUGCAUCGGUCCCUGAUUUGAGGGGUAUUGGGGAACAGAUUUGAAUGUUGCUACAGUAGUGGCUACACUGCAAAAAGUGAAAUUGAAGCAAGCUUAAAUAUCUUAUAUUGAGUGAUAAUUCACAUCCAUUUUUUCAUUGUUUUUCUUACCAAGCUAAAUUAUCUAACGUCAUUGGCAGAUCAUUUUGCUUAUUUUAACUUUAAAAAAGGCUUAAUACAAUAAAUGGUCCUGUGUGGCUCAGUUGGUAGAGCAUGGCUCAAGAUAUUUUACCUUAUUUGUCUUAAGGUAAAAUAUCUUGAAAUAAGAUAAAUUACUUGUAAUAAGCCUUUUGGUUAAAAUAAGCAAAAUUAUUUGCCAAUGACGUUAGAUAAUUUAGCUUUAGCUUAUCACUCAAUAUAAGAUAUUAUGGCUUGUUUAGAUUUCACUUUUUGCAGUGUAGGACCUUGGCAGUGAACUUACCCAUUGAAAAUCAUACCUGACUUUCAUUUUGGUCUGUCCUCAGGGAAGAUGCUGAACCAUCAGAUAAUGAACUUUGGACCUCUGUCAAUGAAAGGACCACUGUCAAUGAUUCUGGUAAGGAGUGUUCCUUAGUGUUUAGAGCACUCAACGUCGAGCUCCUUAUGCAAAACGUCUGAAUAAAGAACAAACUAGAAAUGACAGCAUUAAAGAUGCAGAGAAAAUGGUUACUAUACCUAAACGUCCAUGCUAUUCAUGCCUAGUGCUUAUAAUUCCCUUGCGAGUUCAGUAAACGUUUUCCCUGCAUCUACAGGGAGCUCCAAAAGUAUUGAGACAGUGACAAUUUUUUUGUAAUUUUGUCUCUACUCCAGCACUUUGAAUUUGAAAUGGUACAGUGGUACAACGAUGAGGUAAAGUGUAGAGUGGCAGCUUUAAUUUGAGGGUAUUUUUUAUUCAUAUCGGGUGAACCAUUUAGAAAUUACAUAACCUUUUGUACAUUGUGCCCCAUUUUAGGGGACCAAAAGUAUUGGGAAAAAUUCACUUAUGUGUUUUAAAGUAGUAAAAAGUUAAGUAUUUGGUCCCAUAUACAGUGGGGAAAAAAGUAUUUAGUCAGCCACCAAUUGUGCAAGUUCUCCCACUUAAAAAGAUGAGAGAGGCCUGUCAUUUUCAUCAUAGGUACACGUCAACUAUGACAGACAAAUUGAGAAAAAAAAAUCCAGAAAAUCACAUUGUAGGAUUUUUAAUGAAUUUAUUUGCAAAUGAUGGUGGAAAAUAAGUAUUUGGUCACCUACAAACAAGCAAGAUUUCUGGCUCUCACAGACCUGUAACUUCUUCUUUAAGAGGCUCCUCUGUCCUCCACUCAUUACCUGUAUUAAUGGCACCUGUUUGAACUUGUUAUCAGUAUAAAAGACACCUGUCCACAACCUCAAACAGUCACACUCCAAACUCCACUAUGGUCAAGACCAAAGAGCUGUCAAAGGACACCAGAAACAAAAUUGUAGACCUGCACCAGGCUGGGAAGACUGAAUCUGCAAUAGGUAAGCAGCUUGGUUUGAAGAAAUCAACUGUGGGAGCAAUUAUUAGGAAAUGGAAGACAUACAAGACCACUGAUAAUCUCCCUCGAUCUGGGGCUCCACGCAAGAUCUCACCCCGUGGGGUCAAAAUGAUCACAAGAACGGUGAGCAAAAAUCCCAGAACCACACGGGGGGACCUAGUGAAUGACCUGCAGAGAGCUGGGACCAAAGUAACAACGCCUACCAUCAGUAACACACUACUCCGCCAGGGACUCAAAUCCUGCAUUGCCAGACGUGUCCCCCUGCUUAAGCAAGUACAUGUCCAGGCCCGUCUGAAGUUUGCUAGAGUGCAUUUGGAUGAUCCAGAAGAGGAUUGGGAGAAUGUCAUAUGGUCAGAUGAAACCAAAAUAUAACUUUUUGGUAAAAACUCAACUCAUCGUGUUUGGAGGACAAAGAAUGCUGAGUUGCAUCCAAAGAACACCAUACCUACUGUGAAGCAUGGGGGUGGAAACUUCAUGCUUUGGGGCAGUUUUUCUGCAAAGGGACCAGGACGACUGAUCCGUGUAAAGGAAAGAAUGAAUGGGGCCAUGUAUCGUGAGAUUUUGAGUGAAAACCUCCUUCCAUCAGCAAGGGCAUUGAAGAUGAAACGUGGCUGGGUCUUUUAGCAUGACAAUGAUCCCAAACACACCGCCCGGGCAACGAAGGAGUGGCUUCGUAAGAAGCAUUUCAAGGUCCUGGAGUGGCCUAGCCAGUCUCCAGAUCUCAACCCCAUAGAAAAUCUUUGGAGGGAGUUGAAAGUCCGUGUUGCCCAGCGACAGCCCCAAAACAUCACUGCUCUAGAGGAGAUCUGCAUGGAGGAAUGGGCCAAAAUACCAGCAACAGUGUGUGAAAACCUUGUGAAGACUUACAGAAAACGUUUGACCUGUGUCAUUGCCAACAAGGGGUAUAUAACAAAGUAUUGAGAAACUUUUGUUAUUGACCAAAUACUUAUUUUCCACCAUAAUUUGCAAAUAAAUUCAUAAAAAAUCCUACAAUGUGAUUUUCUGGAAAAAAAUUUCUCAUUUUGUCUGUCAUAGUUGACAUGUACCUAUGAUGAAAAUUACAGGCCUCUCUCAUCUUUUUAAGUGGGAGAACUUGCACAAUUGGUGGCUGACUAAAUACUUUUUUCCCCCACUGUACAUAGCACGCAAUGACUACAUCAAGCUUGUGACUACAAAUCUGUUGGAUGCAUUUGCUGUUUGUUUUGGUUGUGUUUCAGAUUAUUUUGUGCCCAAUAGAAAUGAAUGGUAAAUAAUGUAUUGUCAUUUUGGAGUCACUUUUAUUGUAAAUAAGAAGAGGAUAUGUUUCUAAACACUUCUACAUUAAUGUGGAUGUUACCAUGAUUACGGAUAAUCCUGAAUGAAUCGUGAAUAAUGAUGAGUGAGAAAGUGACAGACGCACAAAUAUCAUACCCCAAAGACAUGCUAGCCUCGGACCGUUUGCACUCGCUAUCAUAUUUAGCUAGCAGCCUCCAUGGACAUUUGCUAUUACUCGUGCUAAUUUUGUUAGCAUUCUGGUAACAGAUGUCCAAUGGUCUUUUUAGCUUUCUUUUGGCGCCACCUUGUGUACUAAACCGGUAUACUGUAAAUCCCAGGAUGAGAGAAGGAUGGUAUGAAGAUAUGAAACUCUGGAUACCGCCCAACCCUAGUAGCAUCCACAUUAAUGUAGAAGUGUUCCAAAACAUAUUCUAUUCUUAUUUAAAAUAAAAUAGACUCCAAAAUGACACAAUACAUUACUUACCAUUCAUUUCUAUUGGGCACAAAAUAAUCUGAAACACAUCCAAAACAAACAGCAAAUGCAUCCAAAAAAUGUGGAGUCACAAGGUUGAUGUAGUCACUACGUGCUAUGAAUUGGGACCAAAUACUUAACUUUUUACUACAUUAAUACACAUACAGUACCAGUCAAAAGUUUGGACACCUACUCAUUCCGGAACUGUCCUACUUGUUUUCUGACUUUGUUUGUCGAUAUGUAGAUGUUUUUCUUACUUCUUGAUGUUUAUUUGAGGAAAGUUAUGUAUCCCUUCACUGUAUGGAUCUUUGUUCAAAUGUGGUCUAUUCUAUUUUAAUCAAGCACCGGAUCUGUCUAAGUUGUUCUCUUUGACUUUGAGUUAAUGUCAAUAUGGGGAUGUCUUGCUCACUUCUCUCUUUUCAACACUAGGUGGAGUCCAUGCUUCUCCUCAUUGCCCAUCAUCUCAUAAGAGGGAGGAGAAAUUGCAACAGCCCAUAUAGAACUUUCACUCAGAGGAGCACGGUGGUCAUAUGGCCGAAGGGCAGAACAGAGCAGAACGCUCAGAGUGUGUACCUCAGGACUCUCUAACUCCUGAGCCAUCCAACAGCUCUCACAAAAGAAGCCAACGCGUCAAAGCAUGCUCUUUCUGUGGCAAGACUUUCACUGACACACUGGGCUUGACAAGACACAUGCGAUCUCACAUUGAGAUGCACCCAGUGUGGGCAUGACUUUGAAUUCAGUGAGGACUUAGAGGAACAUCAGAAGAGUAGCUGUGAGGAGAACAAGAACGAGAAUGGAAGGAACAAUAACAAGAAUGGUGAGGACAAUGGUGAGGACUACUCUGGAGAAAAUGUCCAGCAAAAAACGGAUCUGAAAAAAAUACCUGAUCUGAAAGGAGACAGAAAACAACAUGAUCUGAAAGGAGACAAAAAAAACUAUUCUAAAAGGAGACACACAAGACUGCUCCAUAAAGUGCCAUGUGUGCGGGAAAAUAACUACUCGUAUGCUGGGUUUACGAAGGCAUCUUCUACUUCACUUCAACAAUGGAACAUACAAGUGCUCUGUGUGUCCAAAGACUUUUAUAUAAAAUGCUGAUUUGAGAGCACACCUGAGAUUGAAAAGAUCUUGUAGGAAUAAAUGUUCUGAUAAAGUAAUUACUACCGGGCUCCACCUCAAAUCAAACCCUAGUGAAUACAAGUGUCCUUACUGUGGGGACACUUUCCAGCUCCCAGAUGAUCUGAAAGGACACACAAAAGACUGUUCCAGAAAGUGCCAUGUGUGUGGGAAAACCAUCUCGAAGUCAUGCGACAUGCGAAGGCACAUGUUAAAACACUACAACAAUGGCCCUUACAAGUGCCCGGUGUGUCCAAAGACUUUUAUAUUCCAUACUGAUUUGAAGAAACACCUGAAAAUGAAAAAAAUUUGUAGGGAGAAAUGUUCUGAUGUGAUGGCGAAGGAAUUACUGUCUUCAGUAGAUGGUACAUGUAGGAAACAUGUCAAUGAAACAGGAGUCAUGACAAGGUGCCAACAAUCAAGCGCCAACAGUUUGAAGAGCUCUGUCAUGACUCCGAUAACAGCAUGAGUAGUGAUGUGAACCUGAAUAGCCUCCAUGAAGACUACAGUCGGGAAAUCAGUCAAUACCAACCCAUGAAGGAUGUUGACCUGAAUAGCCUCCAUGAAGACUACAGUGACGAGAUCAGUCAAUACCAACCCAUGAAGGAUGUUGACGCAGAGGAGGACAGAAAGUCUGUGGAUGAUUCAGGGGGAAAU